GCGGCCGCCGCCCCCAUGGCCGCCCCCCCCCCUCCGCCGCCGCCGCCGCCCCGGCCCCCCGCGCCGGGGCUGAGCCCGGCCGCCUCCCAGGCACCGCCCCCUCCCCUCGGAGAUCCGCUGCGGGGAUCCGCGCCUCCCCCGCACCCUCCCGCACCCCUCAAUCUCCUGUCCCCCCGGGCCGCAGCCGCCUCCCCAGGGUCGGCGGGAGGAAGGCCGGGGCGUGGGGCUCCGGAGGGCGGGCGGCGCCCAGGGCGAGCCCAAGAUGGCUGGAGGAGGCGGCGGCGGCGGGGGAAGGCGCGGGGGGCUGUGCUGAGCGGCCCCGCCGGGACGGGACGGGCUCGGCUCGGCUGGGCUCGGCUUGCCUGGGCUCGGCUCGACCCGCAUCCGCUGUGCAGAGCCCCGCCGCGGGCGGGGGAGGCAGCGGCAAGGGUUUUGUUCCGGUGACUUUUGAUUUUUUUUUUUUUUCUAAAAAAUACCUUUUUUUUCUUUAAAAAAAAAAAUUUAUUUUUAAUACGCCUCCGGUCUCCGUUCUCCAGACGGGCAGCUCAAAAUGGCUGAGAGCUGACUUGGCUCUCCCGGAACCGCACGCCCCGGCCGGCUGGCCGCCGCACCCCUUCCCGGCGGCCGGGAAAGGCGCUCCGGGGGCGGCUCGGACACCCCCCGCUCAACCGCCUGGUUGCCGUCGGGGGGCUGCGUGUGUCGUGUCCCCCCCCGGCCGGCCAUGAGGCCGGGCUAGCUCGGGGACACCCCCCACCCCCGCCCCGGACGCCUUUUUUACCCCCCACCCCCCCCCACCCGCGCCCUUUGGGAAGCCGGAGCAGGUUGAUUUGGGGUCCGCGGGGUUUAGGUCCGCGCUUGGCAAAGCCCAUCCUUCCUCCCAUCCCUCUCCGGGAGCCUCGGACGCGGCUGGGAGGGCUGCGCUGGGCUGGGGUUUGCUCUGAAUGACCGAGCUCUUCCAUUCAAGACCUCGCAAUCUCGAAGCAGGCGAGAGGGGUUUUUUUUCUUCUCCUUUUUUUUUUUUUUCUGUCUUGUCUUUUUUUUUUUUUUCCUCUUCCUUUUUUUCUUCGCUGCUCUGCCGGUUAGAAGCAAAUCUCGGGCGCCGCGGAGAGAAUUCGUUUUUCGCCAUCGUCAUCGUCGCUAUUAUUAUUAUUUUUUUAAUCUUCCUCCUUUUCCCAUUUUGGAUCUUAACCCUUUGAUCUGUUUCCUUUAAAAGACUCUGAUUCCCAACUCCCAUCAGGGGGAGAGGGAGGAGAAAUACAGGGAGGAAAAAAAAACCCCCGAGCGAGUCCGUGCUCUCAGCUGUUAGCCAGGUUGGUGGGGGACAAAAGUCCCUUUAAAAUAUUGAAUGUCAGUUGCAAACCUAAGAAAAGAAAAAUCUGAUCCUGAGCGCUAAAUUUAGGAGCUUUAUAUGGAACUUGGACUCUGCUGCUGGAUUUUGUAUGGAUUUUUUUCAACCUUUGGGAGGACAGACCCCAGCGUCCGCCCCUAGACCGCACUGAGCCACCGAAGCGCGAGGGGGGAGACGUCGCCAGAGGCUGCCGGCAGAGAUGGCUGAGAAUUGGAAGAACUGCUUCGAAGAGGAGCUCAUCUGCCCCAUUUGCCUGCACGUCUUCGUGGAGCCGGUCCAGCUGCCCUGCAAGCACAACUUCUGCCGGGGCUGCAUCGGGGAGGCGUGGGCCAAGGAGUCGGGCUUGGUGCGGUGCCCGGAGUGCAACCAGGCCUACAACCAGAAGCCCAACCUGGAGAAGAACCUGAAGCUCACCAACAUUGUGGAGAAGUUCAACUCCCUCAACCUGGAGAAGCCCCCCUCUGUCUUGCACUGCGUCUUUUGCCGCCGGGGCCCGCCGCUGCCGGCCCAGAAGAUCUGUUUGAGGUGCGAGGCUCCGUGUUGCCAGUCCCACGUCCAGACCCACCUGCAGCAGCCCUCCACGGCCCGGGGCCAUCUCCUGGUGGAGGCGGACGAUGUGCGGGCCUGGAGCUGCCCCCAGCACAACGCCUACCGCCUGUACCACUGCGAGGCCGAGCAGGUGGCCGUCUGCCAGUUCUGCUGCUACUACAGCGGGGCCCACCAGGGACACUCGGUCUGCGACGUGGAGAUCCGCCGCAAUGAGAUCAGGAAGAUGCUGAUGAAGCAGCAGGACCGCCUGGAGGAGCGGGAACAAGAUAUUGAAGAGCAGCUCUACAAGCUGGAAUCGGACAAGCGGCUGGUCGAGGAGAAGGUGAGCCAGCUGAAGGACGAGGUGCGUCUGCAGUACGAGAAGAUGCACCAGAUCUUGGACGAGGACUUGCGGAAGACCAUGGAGAUCCUGGACAAGGCCCAGGCCAAGUUCUGCAACGAGAACGCGGCCCAGGUCCUCCACCUCAAUGAACGCAUGCAGGAGGCCAAGAAACUCCUCAGCUCUGUCCAGGUCAUGUUCGACAAAACCGAGGACAUCAACUUCAUGAAGAACACCAAGUCUGUGAAAAUCUUAAUGGACAGGACCCAGAACUGUACAGGUGGCAGCCUGCCCCCGCCCAAAAUCGGCCACCUCAACUCCAAGCUCUUCCUGAAUGAGAUCGCCAAGAAGGAGAAGCAGCUCAGGAAGUUGCUGGAAGGUCCUCUGAGCACCCCCGUCCCCUUCCUGCAGAGCAUCCCCAUGUACCCCUGCACCGUCAGCAACUCCGGCGCGGAGAAGCGCAAGCACUCCACCGCCUUUCCCGAGGGCAGCUUCCUCGAGCCAUCGUCUGGGACUGUGGCGAGCCAGUACAUGAGCCAGGGUGCUUCGGCUGGCGAGGGGCAGUCCGCACAAGCCAUGGUGCCUUGUAGCUCCACGCAGCACAUAGUUGGACUUCCCAGCGGCCCGCAGCCGGUGCACUCGGGCUCCGUCUUCAACCCAUCUCACUACCCCAACACCACGUCAUCUCAGCAGUCCGUGCUCUCCCAGUACGGUGGGCGAAAAAUCCUCGUCUGCUCAGUGGAUAACUGUUACUGUUCCUCCGUGUCCAACCACAGCGGGCACCAGCCCUACCCACGGUCGGGGCACUUCCCCUGGACGGUCUCCUCGCAGGAGUACUCCCACCCACUGCCGCCUGCCCCUGCCGUCCCCCAGUCGCUCCCGGGACUUGCCGUGAGGGAAUGGAUUGACGCAUCCCAGCAGCACGGGCGGCAGGAUUUCUAUAGGGUCUACGGCCAGCCGUCGGCGAAACACUACGUCACCAGUUAACCGUCACACUCUCCGGAGAGUCCCGUUCAAUGACGCGUUCGGAGAGAAAAGUCUGGUUUGGUUUGGCUUUUCUUUUCCCCCCCACCUCCUUUUAAAUCAAACCCAAUUUUUUCCCCACCUUGCACCCCUCCAGGAUUUUGGGGAGGGUUGUUCUCUCAUCUCUCUUUUUUUUAAUCCUUUUAAAACAAAAUAAUAAUGUUUUUUUUUUUUCUUGUAAUUCCUUUUUUUAAUUUAAUUUUGGAAAGUCCUUCCUGCCCCUCACUGGGAAAAGAUGAGGGAGAAAUUACUGAGAAGAAAUCGAUGGGGAUUUCAGUGGGGCAACUGGGUCUGUGCGUCGCGCUCUUCCUCGCUCCUCUCUGCCUUUGGAAAACUUCAGAAGGGACAAUGGCACCUUCUCUCUUUCCAUUUCUCCAAGUUCAUUUUUUCUGGUUUGGUUCAGUUUUUCCCCUUUCCCCACCCCAAUCUUUGCCUUUUUAAAAAGAAAAAAAGAAAAAAAUCUAUCACUGAUUCAGUAUGAAACGAUACUUGUAGAUUUUGGGUUUGUUACCUUUUUUGUUUUUUAAAGGCUGAUUAUUUUUGUGUUACGAGGCCAUUUCUCAUGCAUAUUGGCAUUUUAUUUUCCUUCUUUCAGAGAUUUGUAAAUACACAAUGGCAGGAAAUUUAAUGCACAAAAAAAAGGGAAAAGAAACUUAAAAAAAAAAAAACCACGAAUAAAUAAAUAAAUAAAUCUGUUCUAGUUUUCAGGAGGGGAAGCGUGGCCGAAAUGCACCCCCCUCCUGUGUAUCGCUGAUGCAACUUCCUGUAACAAGCACUUUGUAUAAAAAAAAAGUGGACUUCCUGCUAUAAGGCACAGGUAUUUAUUCUGUAACCGAUUUUAGAACACACACACACAAAAAAAAAUAUUCAAAUAAAUGUGAUCACUUAGUGCAAA